UGCAGAUGGGCACUGAUCCUAUUGUUAAGUGGUUAAUGGUAAAAGAUAGAUGCCAGUGCGGUUGAAUAGAGGGAGUGAAUUCUUUUAUCGGUGGUGCUUUGAGAUUUUGUCACUGACUGACACCCCCCCAAAAAGUGUCUCGGUAGCAUGCGGAGUUGGAAGAGCCUGCCUGAGUAGGCGGUAUGUAAGGAUGCAGCGCACGUAGUAGCUAACCUACAUGAAGAGCAAGUUUACCGAACAUCAUAUCCACGGAAUAUUAGGGAUAUCAGGGAAUACUGGGAGCGAAGGAGAAGGACUAUGAUCUUCCUACAGGCUGUCCUGAGAAGAAGAUUACUCAAAGAUGAUGGCCCUUACUCUAAAGGCAACAAGGACUCAACAGGACCCGACAACUCCCUCACCUCCAGACGCCAGAGCAUUCCAGAAGAGCUGCGGGGGGUGACGCUGGUGGAGCUGAUUAAGAAGGAGGGCAGCACUCUGGGUCUCACCAUCUCAGGAGGAACCGACAAAGACGGAAAACCACGCGUCUCCAACCUGCGGCCGGGCGGCCUCGCGGCCAGGAGUGAUCAGCUGAAUGUGGGGGACUAUAUAAAGUCAGUUAAUGGAAUUAAUCUGACCAAGCUGAGGCACGACGAGAUCAUCAGCCUGCUGAAGAACGUGGGCGAGCGAGUGGUGCUGGAAGUGGAGUAUGAGCUGCCCCCAGCCGCACCAGAUAGUACCUCAGGUGUUAUAUCCAAGACAAUCGAGAUCUGUUUGCACAAAGAAGGCACUAGUUUUGGCUUCGUAAUGCGGGGAGGAUCUCAUGAAGACUGGCACAAAACCCGACCAUUAGUAGUAACAUACGUCCGGCCAGGAGGCCCCGCAGACAGGGAGGGCACGCUGAAGGCGGGUGACCGGAUCCUCAGCGUGGACGGCGUGCCCUUACACAGCGCCUGCCACAGUGAUGGACUCACGGUUUUGGCCCAGUCUGGGCAGGAGGCUCUCUUCCAGAUCGAGUAUGAUGUUUCCAUUAUGGAUACAGUAACUAACGCCUCCGGUCCGUUACUGGUGGAAAUAGCGAAGUCUCCCGGCGCGAGUCUGGGCAUCACGCUGACCUCGGCUUCACACAGGAACAAGCAGGUCAUCGUCAUCGACAAGAUCAAAGCUGCCAGCGUGGUGGACAGGUCAGGAGCUCUGCAUGUAGGCGACCACAUCCUCUCUAUAGAUGGCACGAGUACAGAACACUGCUCGGUGCUGGAGGCUACGCAGCUGUUAGCAAGCACCUCAGAGGUGGCCAAGCUGGAGAUCCUCCCCGCCCAUCACACCCGUCUGCCCAGUAAACCCCAGGACACUGUGAAAGUCCAGAAGAGUGACCACCCGCACUGUUGGGACCCCUGUGUGAACUACUGCCACUCCCAGCACCCGGGUCAGUGUAAGACCUCCCCCUGGACCACCACCUCCAGCAACCCCUCCAGCACUCAGGACUACUGCAAAUCUGUAGUCUCCACUAACUUCUCCCCCGGCUCCACCACCACCUCCGGCCUGACCAGCCAGUCGUCCAGCACCCUGCCCCGCACCACCCACCCCAUGAGCCCCCGCAACUCCAUGCUGAAGAGGCGGCAGAGGAAAAAAGAGCACAAGAGCUCCUCGGUGUCUUUAGCCUCCAGUUCGGUGGGUCCAGGAGGUCAGAUUGUUCACAUUGAGUCGAGCGAGGUCACGCUGCGAGGAGAUCCUCUAAACGGGUUUGGAGUUCAACUACAGGGAGGAAUAUUCGCCACCGAGACCCUCUCAGCACCCCCCCUCAUCCGGUUCAUAGAGCCUGACAGCUCUGCUGAGAAGUGUGGGCUGCUGCAGGUUGGGGACAGACUCUUGUCCAUCAAUGGAAUCCCCACAGAAGACGGGACGCUGGAGGAGGCCAAUCAGCUGCUUCGAGAUGCUGCUCUGACCAAUAAGGUCACACUAGAGAUUGAGUUUGAUGUAGCAGAGUCAGUUGUGCCGAGUAGCGGCACUUUCCAUGUGAAGCUGCCGAAGAAGAGAGGAGUCGAGCUCGGGAUCACGAUCAGUGCCAGUAAAAAGCCGGGUGAGCCGCUGAUCAUCUCAGAUAUAAAGAAAGGAAGCAUGGCUCACAGGACCGGGACGCUGGAGCCGGGGGAUAAGCUGCUGGCUAUAGAUAAUAUCCGUCUGGAGAACUGCUCUAUGGAAGACGCCAUGCAGAUCCUCCAGCAGAGCGAAGACCUGGUCAAACUCAAGAUCCGCAAAGACGAGGACAACUCCGAUGAACAGGAGACGUCGGGCUCCAUCAUCUACACGGUGGAGCUGAAGCGGUACGGCGGCCCCCUGGGCAUCACCAUCUCAGGCACGGAGGAGCCCUUUGACCCCAUCAUCAUCUCAGGCCUUACCAAGCGAGGUCUGGCUGAAAGAACUGGAGCUAUUCAUGUUGGGGAUCGAAUCUUAGCCAUAAACAACGUGAGCCUGAAAGGAAAACCUCUGAGUGAAGCCAUCCACCUUCUGCAAAUGGCAGGAGAGACCGUCACCCUGAAAAUCAAGAAGCAGCUGGACAUGACGGACGAGAAGAAGAAAAUCGAUGAUCUGGAGAACGACCUGAGUGAUAAUGAAGACUCUGAGAUGACCGACUCGCAGAAGACCAAUAAGCUGUCUGAGAUUUACUCCACCACCAUCCCCAGCGUGGACUCCGCCAUGGAGUCGUGGGACGGAUCUGGGAUUGACGCUGGUUACGGGAGCCAAGGAGCCUACAUCCACCAGGCAGCGGGCAUUGCCUUACACCCGCACGAGUGGCGCAGUGCCAAGCAGAGGAACAGCACGCCCCCGCCCACCCGCCGCAAAAACUACCCCUUCAGUGACGGGGGAUUCAGCGAGGAUGACUGGGAUAAACCCGCUGGAUAUGCUGGGCAGACUCACGCCGACAGCAUCCUGCUGGACCACGAGGACAGCUUCUGGUGCCAGGCCCUGGAAGACUUGGAGACGUGUGGGCAGUCCGAACUUCUCCGCGAGAUUGAGGCCUCCAUAAUGACCGGCAGCGCCCUGAGUCUGGGGGUGGAGGGCGGGAAGACCCACAACGAGACGCUGUCUCAGCCCAACAUCAGCCCCCUCAGGAAGAGCCCGCACCUCCACAACGAGACCAAGAGCAAGAGCACGCUGCGCAUGUCCGACAAGACCUGGGAGUCCCGCCGCAUCAAAGAGGAGAUGCAGGAGAUCCUGUCGCCCACGCCGCUGGAACUGCACAAGGUAACUGUGAUUAAAGACCCGGAGCGAGACGAUUUCGGCUUCAGCGUAUCGGACGGGUUCUUGGAGAAAGGCGUGUACGUGAACAUGAUCCGACCUGAAGGUCCAGCAGACCGUGCAGGACUCAAACCGUACGACAGGAUCCUGCAGGUUAAUCACGUCCGGACGCGGGACUUCGACUGCUGCUUGGCCGUGCCUCUAAUCACAGAAGCUGGUGAUAAACUGGAGCUGGUUAUUAGCAGGAACCCCUUAGCCCAGCCCAAUAUGGGUCAGCCGGGUAUGGGUCAGCCUCUGGACUGCCAUUCACUCCCGACCCCAGUAGUUCAUAGCCGCGAACACAUGACCAGCACCAUGGACCUGUGACAACAUACCAGCCUGGGACUGGGACUCGCAGCCUGUUAGGACAACUGUUAUAAACGCAAUGUUCCCGAGCAGAACACUGCUGUACACGCCAUCCUUCACAACGGCCAACGUCAGCGGACCGUGUGGACUCUGUGUACCGCGUGGACGCUGGGAUUCUUUGGGUUUCAGUAAAGCAUAAGCAAUGAUUUGAGCCAACAUUUUCACAGAACUGAAGAGACUCAACAAACCGAGGACCACUGGAAUUGUCUGGACCAUCCAGACAAGAAGUGCGAACAAGAAACUCAACCCAUUCCAGCCCUUCAGGAAUUCGGAUACUGGUUUCUACUCCAAACAAAUCCCCAAAUUCUUCUCCAAAAGCAUCAAAACCACAGCAGAGGAUCUUUUCUACUCCAUUGUGAAUAGUGUGAACAGUGUUGGCCUUCUGAUGACGAUGUCCGUCCCCCUUUCAGAAAAAGAGAACAUGGCUAUCUGUGAUGUUUUCAUUAAACGCUGUAUUUUUCCA